AUGAAAGUGAAGAUCAAGAAGUGGACGGGGGUGGCCGUGUGGAAGUGGACGGCCAAUGACGACAGCUGCGGAAUCUGUCGGAUGCCGUUCGAGGCGUGCUGCCCGGACUGUCGCAUCCCGGGCGACGAUUGCCCCCUCGUCUGGGGACAGUGCUCUCAUCCUUUUCAUAUCCACUGCAUCAUGAAGUGGCUGUCGUCGCAGCAGAUGGCCGCCGCCCAGCUCUGCCCCAUGUGUCGCCAGGGGUGGCGCUUCCGCUGA